UUUUCUUCAAACGUCUAAGAUGUCUUACCUUUAAGUCUAAGAUGUCUUACCUAUAAGCCUAAGAUAUGCUUUUUACUCACUUAAAAAUUUUAAUUGUGUCAAAUCCUAAUAAUUACUCACCCUCAUUCAUUUGCCUGAGGGGUAUAAGUCACUCUCAUUCACGGGAGUAUAAGCAAAAGCUCUAUUGUUAUCUCCAAUCCCAAGCACAUAAGUCGCAUCAAGAAAUAAGAAUGGCUAGAAAGUCGUUCUCACAAAAUGCCCUCUCCUUCUUGUAUAAACAUCUUAGAAGGCCAGAGAACCCAACCUCUACUCAAUGGAAGAUCAUCAAUGCCCAUGCAAGCCAAUUAAAAUAUGAGAAAUACACCUCUCUUGUACAUAGAGCUGAGGAGCUUUCAAACCAAACAUUGAUAUUUCACUCAGAAGCUUCCCUGCUGAAAUCAUCUUCAUUGUUUCCUUACUUCAUGGUGGUGGCCUUUGAAGCUGGAGGGCUCUUAAGGGCUCUCAUUUUCUUUCUUUUAUACCCUCUUGUUUGUUUGUUUGGUGAAGAGCUGGGGUUGAAGAUUCAGAUUUUCUUAUGCUUCUUUGGCAUAAAAAAGGAGAGCUUUAGAUUAGGAACAGCUGUUUUACCGAGGUUAUUUUUACAAGAUGUUGGGGAUGAAGGCUUUGAAGUGGUCAAGAUUUGUGGGAGAAAAGUGGGGGUGAGUGACUUGCCUAGAAUCAUGGUUGAAGGGUUUUUGAAAGACUAUUUAGGGGUAGAUGCUGUUUUGGGGAAAGAAUUAAAGGUGGUUUGUGGGUAUUAUGUGGGAUUAGUGGAGGAUAUCAAGGCAGACGGAAAUGUUUUAGAUGAGAUUCUUGGUGAGAAGAGAACUGGUUCAGUUGCUAUUGGUUUUUGUAGCUACAAAAAGCUCCUUGAUCAGCAUCUCCUUGCUCAUUGCAAGGAGGUUUGCUUGGUGAGUGAAACUGAGAAGAGGAACUGGCAUAUCCUUCCAAGGGAGAAGUAUCCAAAGCCGUUGAUAUUCCAUGAUGGAAGAUUAGCGUUAAGGCCAACCCAACUGGCCACGUUAGCUAUGUUCAUGUGGAUUCCACUUGGGAUUUUCCUCGUCCUCAUUAGAGUCCCUGUUGGCAUUACUUUACCUCACUGGAUGUCCAAUCCAAUAUUGGCCUUUACUGGGGCAAGAACCACUGUUGCGAGAUCUAAGUCCUCCACUGCUUCAACCAACAAUGAAAAGAGACCAAAUGGCAUAUUUUAUGUGUGCAACCACAGAACUCUGCUUGAUCCACUGUAUGUUCAAUCAGUUCUAGAUAAGCCACUCUCUACAGUCACAUACAGCAUAAGUAAAUUUACAGAGUUAAUAGCUCCAAUCAGGACCAUCCACUUGACACGAGACAGGGAAACAGAUGGAAUGGCAAUGAAGAAAUUGUUGAGCUAUGGUGACGUUGUGGUUUGCACAGAAGGAACCACUUGUAGGGAACCUUAUUUACUAAGGUUUAGUCCAUUAUUUGCAGAGCUGGCAUAUGAUAUAGUUCCUGUAGCUAUAGACGUGCAGGUAAGUAUGUUUUAUGGAACAACAGCUGGUGGGUGUAAAUGUUUAGACUAUGCAUUUCACUUCCUGAAUCCAUAUCCUACCUACUGUAUUAAAUUUCUUGAGAAGUUACCAGACUCACACACAUGUAAGUUUGGAGGGGUAUCUAAGUUUGAAGUAGCUAAUCAUGUGCAGCAUGAGAUAGCCAAAGCUUUGGGGUUCCAGUGCACCAGUCUUACACGAAAAGACAAGUAUAUGAUCUUAGCAGGUAAUGAGGGCAUAAUUCAGGAUUCUAAAAGACCAUGAACACCCGUAAGUUGGGCAUAAGGUGGGCAAGAACUUCGUAGCCCAAUCAAUGUUCAAAUCUCCCUUUAAAGAAGUCAAUCUAGUUUUUACUUUUAUAUACUACUGGGUAGGCCUGUAACAAGGUCGGAGCCGAGACUCGUAGUUAGGAGCGACUUUGCUGCUGUUUGUGUGCAGUAGCUUAGCCACUUUUUUUUUUUUUUUUUUUUUUUUUUUUUUUUUUUUUUUGUAACUUUGAUGCAUGUUAUUAGGUAAAGACAAUUAUUUUAUUUGAAAUUUUUUAAAA